AUGUAUGAAGAACCUUUACACAUACCUACUGAUCUUGCUUUUGUUGGGGAAGAUCGAUUUUGUAUAGGAUAUCAAAUCUUGGGUUCAUGUGAUGGAUUGUUCUGUACUUCUAGUGAUUUUGAGGAUUUGUUUCUAUGGAAUCCAUCUACAACAGAGUUGAAAAACUUUCCCCCUUUAGGAAUUAAUCUGCAUCUUAAAGAAGAGGGUAAUGAUUUUUCUUAUGGAUUUGGUUAUAUUGAGUGUCAAAGUGAUUACAGAGUUGUAGAAAUUGUGGAAAACAAAUGCAAUAAUUGUUAUAAGAAUGAUGUUAGUGUUUAUAGUUUGAGAACUAAUUCUUGGAAAAUGAUUCAAGAAUGCCCAAAUGUUAACCUUUUGGAUCAAGCUGGUAAAUUUGUAAAUGGAAAACUUCAUUGGGUGGUCGCCGAUCCGGAUCGUUAUCGUGUUAGUGGUUGGAAUUCCACAUGGUUUAUUACCUCACUCGACCUCGUAGAUGAGACAUUUGGAGAUGUAGUGUUGCCCGACCUGGAUUAUAACUAUUUAGACUGUGAAAUAGGGUCUUCAGGAGGUAGUCUAUGUUUUUUCUCUUACAGCAAGAUCAAGACGGAUGUGUGGGUAAUGAAGGAGUAUGAGUCAUGGACCAAGGUGGCUUCGAUCCCCUCGAAAAACUAUGACGCUUGGCCAAUUUUCAUCUCCCAGAAUGAUGAAAUUUUAGUGCAUGAUGGUUCAAGUUUAGUGUGGUAUAAUACAAGAGAUAACACCUUUGUGCGUCCAGUGAAUCAGAUUCAUUGUAUUUCUGCAAACAACUUUAGUGUAUAUGUUGAAAGUCUUGUUUCGCUAAAUUUCCUGGAGGAAGAUUGA